UUCAACUGUGAUAUUUAAAAAUGAGUAAAGACGGCUAUAACCCUGUUCUAACGCGACAAAAUCGCUCGGAAUUGUUUACUUUAGAAGAGUGUAAACAGAUUUUAGUUAAUUUAUUGGCCGAUGAGAAAAAGAAGAGUGUCUUAGUAAAUUUUAAUGUAGUGCCGGCCACUGAACAUGUAGGUUUCUUAGGAGAAUACUUCCACUUGUAUCUCCGUUAUCAGUUGGAUGAUCAGAAAGAUGUGCAAACUUCUCGAUUGUUUGUCAAGUCGGUUAUUUUCCAAAAUGCAAACAUGGAAUUCUAUAUGGAGAAAAUGGGCAUUAUUAAAAAGGAAAUAAAGCUGUAUGAACGGUUGCUGAACGAGCUUAGGAAGUUUUCUCUCCAUGUGUGGUGUGCAAAGUGCUAUUUCACCCGCAACGAUCUGUUUGUAAUGCAAAAUGUGGAGGAUAUGGGUUAUGUGGGCUUGCCUUCAGGAACUCGUUUCCUCAGUGAGAAUCAAUUAACUCCUAUUUUAAAAUCCUUGGCCACCUUGCAUGCGAGUAGUAUUGCCUACGAAAAGCAGCAGGGAAAAACCAUAGGUGUGGAAUUGAGAGAGUGGCUAAAGGAAGUCUCUGUGGAUCCGGAUGUUGAAUGGUAUACUACGGGUUUAAGGGCUGUCUUGGCAGUGGCUGCCACUCAUCCGGAUGUCUUGGAUAAUGCCCAAGCCCAGGAGUUUAUAGCCAAGGAACUACCAAGAUGUUUGGACAGGGUCUACUACAUGGUUAAUCCUUCAGCAAUCCAUAGGAAUGUAUUUGUUCAUCGCGAUGCCUGGGGUGCAAAUGUUUUUUAUCACCAGGAGCAACCUCAAGAGAAAAGAUCCGUGCUAGUGGACUUCCAACUCUGCCGAUAUGCGCCACCUGCUAUGGACUUUCACUUGGUCAGCUAUCUAAAUCUAAAACCCAAAAGUCGUAAAAAGAUGAUCAAUAAUCUCAUCCAAACUUAUUACAAUGCGUUGGCUGAGGAACUCCGAGAAAUGGGUAUUGAUCCCAAAGAAGAGCAACUGAGCAAACAGGAUUUUGAGCAAUCUCUUGAGGACUUUGCUUUAUUUGGAGAGACCUACAACUGCAUAGCAGCCACCAUACUCCAUCUGCCAGAUAAUUAUCUAAAAAGGCUUAAGGAUAACCGCCCCGAGGAGUUUCAUCGGUUCUGCAAUGUAGAUCGCACAGAGAAUGUUCUCCGAUUGAUGAAAGAUCACACAGAAUUCGCUGAUUACAUGUACGAAUGUGUAGGGGAUUUGCUGGCCCUGACAUAUCAUAAACUAAACUGAUUAAACGACU